AUGAAACCGUCGGUUCAACCCGUUAAGAAAAAGGGUGCUCCGAAGAAAGUGAAGUCUACGCCAAAUGACAACUCGACAACACGGUCUCCUUUAUAUUAUGAGUACAUCGACAAACGCUUUCCCGACUCACCUAUUCCGAAAUCGCAAAAAUCUCAAAAGAGUUCAAAUAAGGGAGAUCGCUUAAGCAAACUGCCUCCGACACCUAUUCCACCGCAAGUUCCGCAAGUUUCGACUUCGAUUCCGACACCUAUUUCUCCAUCAAUCGAAGAGGCACAAAUUGCUCCAAAUAUUCCAUUAAUUGACGAGAUGUCGGUUUUUAUGCAUAAAUACAUCGACCGGAUCGUCAAUGUGGCGGGGGACGGUAAUUGCGGAUUCUGGGUCGUAUCGGCUUUGCUUGGUAAGGGAGAGGAUGCCCAUGAGGUUUUCCAUCGUGAUCUUAUCGAAGAGUUGGUGAACCAUAAAGACUCGUACAUGCGGGUAUUUGGCAACGAAAAUAAAUUUGCAUCGGUAAACAAAGUUCUUGUUUCUUGGGGGGGCCCUACGCACCGGUUUCGCAUUGGAUGA